AUGGGAGGUCCUAGGGCGGCAGGCUUCGCCUGCUACCCGCCCGACGUAAAUAAAUACAACAACAACAACAACAACUACGUCCCGUCGCUCGUCAUCGCGUUUGGACUCGUCUCCAUGUGCACGUCCUUUGUCAAAAAUUAUCAAGGCCUCUAUGUCGCGCGAUUCUUCUUGGGAAUCACCGAGGGAGGCAUGAUGCCCGGGAUUGCUUUCUACUUAUCUUUCGUCUACCGCCGCAACGAACUUCUCUUUCGGAUAGGAAUCUAUGUUACAGGCGCGAAAUUAGCUGGUGCCUUUGGCGGUCUGCUCGCCGCAGGACUGUCCCCCAUCCCUGCCUGUGCCUCAGGCGUGAAGAUCCACGACUGGAGGAAUAUAUUUUUCUUCGAAGGUCUCUUCACCCUCAUUGUCUCCGGGCUCGGAAUGCUUAUUCUUCCAUCUACCCCCGACAGGUGCAAGUUCCUUACCCCGAAAGAUCGCUACAUCGCCCUGGAGCGGAUCAAUCGCGAGCACAAGGAGUCGGCAAAGGAACCCACCACCAGACACCAUUUCUACAGUGUACCACCGUACUGCAUGGCUUGCCUGUUCGCCACCUUCGUUGCCCGCAUGAUUGACAAGUUUAAGCGCCGCGGGAUCUUCAUUGUUGGCGGAACGAUCCUCAGCACCAUAGGCUACGUCCUCCUGAUAACAUGCAAGUCGAACUCCGUGAAGUAUCUGGCAGUGUAUUCAGUGCCGCUGGUGCUUUCCCCCAAGGCCCGGCAUUUCUCGCCUGGGGUCUCAACAAUGCCGCUGGCUCUUCGAUCCGUGCUGUCAGCGGCGCUUUCAUCGUCGCGCUGGGAAGCGGGGGUGCUUUUAUCGCUACGUGGACAUAUCUUGAAGCGGACAAACCGGACUUCCAUCGUGGGCACUACGUUUAUUGGAGCCCAGCUUGUGACGUGCUCGCUGGCGUGUGUUGGCAUUGCUUACAGCAAGUGGGAGAACGGGAAGAGAGGUAGGGGCGAGCGAGACGAGAGGGCCGUGGGGUUGAAUGAGAAGGAAAGGAUUGCGUUGGGGUAUAGCAACCCCGAGUUCAGAUAUCACGAGUAG